AUGGCGACUGAAAAUCAAGAUCCUAUUCAAAUUGCAGCAGAUAAGUAUAGGUCUUUCUUGCACGAAGAAGCACGAAAUACAGAGUGGAGACAUGGUGGCCCUCCUAUAUAUGAUGAUGUUAAUAAAUUGUUCGAAGAAGGCCGAACCAAGGAAUGGCCUAAAGGAUCACUUGAAGAGGUAGUUCAAAAUGCUUUGAAGUCAUGGGAAAUGGAGUUGUCACACAAGACUCGAAUUCAAGAUUUCAGGACUAUAAAUCCUGAAAAAUUCAAGCUCAUCGUUAAUGGAAGAGAAGGCCUAUCUGCAGAAGAGACACUGAAACUGGGCAGUUACAAUGCAUUGCUAAAGAGUUCAAUGCCAGAAGAAUUCAAAUAUUACAAAGCAGAUGAAGAGAGCUUCGAGUCAUCCCACGAUGCUUUUCGAGUGGCACUUCCUCGUGGCUUUGCAUGGGAAGUUAUAAGUGUUUAUUCAGGUCCACCUGCGAUUGCUUUUAAGUUCAGGCAUUGGGGUUACUUUGAAGGUCCUUUUAAAGGACAUGCUCCUACUGGAGAAUUGGUUCAGUUUUAUGGGAUUGGAAUUCUCAAUGUUGAUGAAUCACUGAGAGCAGAAGAUGUGGAGAUUUACUAUGAUCCAACUGAGCUUUUUGCAAGACUGCUUAAAGGCCCUUUAAUUGCAGGCUCAGAGCACACAGAUUCUGCAUCUACUCUUAAAUGUCCAUUUAAUAAGUAG